ACACACACACACACACACACACACACACACACACAUCAACCUGGUAGUACUGAGGAGUAGGUCGCCCAAGCCAUUGGGUGGAGCAGCAGCGUCGCGUGCUGCGGAAUACAUUCAGUAGGUCGUUAACGCUGCGCGCGGUUUGGUUGCAGAUGCAGGUCGCUGAGUGUGAGCGCGAGGCGGGGGGAAAUGGCGAACAGGCGCGGGCGGUGGUGCGCCUUGUGAGGAUACAGUAGACUCCGGGAGCGGAGGCAGGCGGCAGCUCGAGGACAGACGGGAGAAGGAGAAGAACCAUGGAGGACUCGGAGCCCGCAGAGGACGGCUUACUCGCGGGCUUGCGGUGGAAUCGGAGCGCACGAGACCAGGCACAACUCAAACACAAAAUCCGGGAUCUGCCAGGGCUACUCAAGCACGGGCUGCACCUGCGGAAGAAGAGCCAGUCACCUGACACUAUCCCUGGACCGAGCACUGGACCUACUGUACACAAGUCUUGCUCCCAGAGUUUCCCAUGUGCUGGUCGGGCUGUGAGGAAUGCUUUCCUCUCUCACGGACCAUACCCAGCUAAAGACAAGAUACACCUGGCCAGAAUCAUACGGCGUAGCUAUGUGGGCGUGGAGCUGGUGCAGUGGCUGUGCGAACAGUGUGUGUACGUGCGCUGUCGGACCACCGCUGUGCGUGUCUGGCAGGUGCUGCUGGAGCUGGGAGUCCUGCUGUCUGUGGACCAGCGGGUGGUGUUUUCUGACUCAAACUCAUACUACCAGUUCAGCUUUGAGGAGUGUGACUCCGCCUCCUGUGAGUUUCGCUCCAAUGAGGGGGAGUGGCCUGAGGCUGUUAGGCUCCUCCUACAACUCGCCCCAUAUGUCCAGUUUCGGUCUGGAGGAGGGGCCAAUAGCCCGUCAGAGGAGGACUCUGAGGGCAACAGGGACAUCUGCAGUGAGAUUCUCCAGAUGAAAGCUCUCGAGAGGCUCACAUCUACGGUACAAAGUGAGUUGGCGGCUGCUCUCGCCCGAAAGACUCGCAAAGCUUUAUCAGAGCAGGACUCUGAGACGACAGAGACGAGCCAACAGGAGCCUCGCACACCCAGUGAAGAGAGCAGCCCGCUGGGCGGGGUGUGUGCGUUGAGGGACGGUGGCGGCAGCGGUGGUGGCGGUGGCGGAGGGAUGGGGACUGUAUGUGGCCGUGAGGAGUUGACCAGCCGCCUGGGGCUGGAGGCCGUUCAGCGGCUGGCCAAGGACGGCUGUCGGCUGCUGCAGAACCACAACUACCGGCUGCCUGACAGGAACCAAGCCGAGGCAGUGGGGAGGGUUUGUCUGAAGGAGAGAGGACGGGAUGUGUUGGUGUUGCAGAGAGUGACAUCAUCAGUGACGUCGCCGUCGGACCGGCCCUCACCCACAUCGUCAGGGGGUGGGUCCAGAGAGGAGGAUUGCGACAAGAGGUACGUGGUGGUGUCGGGAACGCCGCUCAAGAUCUUGGAGCACCUACUAAGUGACCUGCGGUUGGAUGACCAAAGAGGGGCGCCAGAGAGCAGGGAGAGCGAAAUGUUGCUGGAUGACUUCCUGCUGACCUACCUGGUGUUCAUGUCCACCCAUGACCUCUGUCAGGCUCUUUUGGGACACUAUAGCAGCGCCCGCUGCAGGGGUCAGGAGGAGGGCAAGGACGCCCUCUUCAGGAAGCGUAAGGUAUUGCAGCUGGUGUCCCACUGGAGCAGGCUUUACAAGGACUUCCUCAAGGAAGAGGAGCACGUCAGGAGCUUCAUGAAGACUCUGUACAGGUGUGUAUUAGAAGAUCUGUACGAGUUCCCCACACUGGAGAAAGAUCUGAAGGAGUUCCAGAAACUUCUGCGUCGCAGACACACUGUGGAUGACUGUCCUCCAAACCAAAAGAGCAAACAAAUGUAUCAGCAGUUGAGUUUGAAGGAAAACUGUUUGCAGCUCCGAAGUCCGCAGAUUGAGACCAGAGAGGUUAUCUGUUGCGUGUACGUGAGCGCUGACUCCUACCUGAGCGUCCACACACACCCGUCACUGGAGGCCCACGAGCUGCUGAGGAUUGUGGGUCUGAAGAUGGACAGAGCAGAGGAAGACAUGGUGCUCGCUGUGGUCUCACACACUGGAGUCGUCUCUGCAGAGCGGAGGGUGUUACAGCCCAGUGACUGUGUGUACUCAGAGUCUCUGACCCCACAGGGAAAGCUUGUGGCCUGUCGCAGGGAUCUCACUGAGAUCUUGCCUCCUUUGACGGACAGCGCUGAGCUAAGCAGGAGGUCUGUGCGACUCUUGGGCAUCAACACCUGGGAUGUGGCAGCUGCUCUCACACACCUGGACUGGAGCCUCUUCAAAUCCAUCCACGAGCAAGAGCUAGUGUACUACACUCUCAGCCGUACUCCUGGUAGCCACACGGCGGCGCUCUCAGUCCUGCUCCAGCGCUGCAACGAGGUCCAGCAGUGGGUCAUGUCCGAGGUGCUCAUGUGUGUGUCUCUCAACAAGAGAGUGCAGCUGCUCAAGAAGUUCAUCAAGAUCGCUGCUCAUUGUAAAGCCCAAAGAAAUUUGAACUCCGCAUUUGCCAUCAUCAUGGGUCUCAACACAGCAGCUGUCAGCCGACUGAACCAAACCUGGGAGAAAUGUCCGGGCAAGUUCAAGAAGCUUUUCUCAGAGUUGGAACUCAUCACGGAUCCAUCUCUGAACCACAAAGCCUACAGAGAGGCCUUCAAGAGGAUGAAACCUCCCAAGAUCCCUUUCAUGCCUCUUCUCCUGAAAGAUAUCACCUUUAUCCACGAGGGAAAUAAGACCUUCCAUGACAACCUGGUCAACUUUGAGAAGCUGCAUAUGAUCGCAGACACAGUGAGAAUGAUUCGCCACUGCCAAAGCGACCAACCAGGCAACGAGGUAAUCGGGGUCGACAGUGCGGAGGUGAGGGCGAGUGUUAACUACCUGCACAUUAUCGACAAUCAGCAGACUCUUUUCGAACUGUCACACAAACUGGAGCCACGUGCUUAAACGCGCACACACACACACACACACACACACACACACACACACACACACACAUAGACACAUACACGCAGAGACACACAAACACACUGGACACUGGAAUGGAAAUGCUAGCUCUGUGUUACACGAAGGACGCUUUGUACAGCAAAAUGUCACACACUCAAACAUACACUGCAACAAAAUCACACUACCAGCAGUGGUGCCAAGUGGACAAUAAGAUGCCAUGUGUUCAGACCCAACCCACGAAGACACAGAGCUGCACGCUGCCUGUUCUCUAAAGGCUUUAUAGCACUUAACAUGUGCUUGCAAAAAGGAUUUCUAAACUCCAUACACGUUCUGUAAACUGUCUACAGGAAGAGAUUCUGCACAGCAAGACCAAGAUUUGCCAAACUGAGAUAGAGAGUAAAGGAGGCUGUAAUUAGUUUGUACAGUAUCUAUUGGACUGAAUAUGCCCUUGGUUUUGUUCUUGUGAUGAUCCUCUGGUUAUUUAUGAGCCUGUUUAGCAGGGGGAAUGUUCCUUUAUUUCUGUCAAAGUCUCGUCCACCCCCACCCCCCCAUUACCCGGAGGUCAACAAGGACUUCAUAUCCUUGUCAUCAUUUCAGUUACAAACACAAAAACAACUGUAGAGGAGUUAGAUGUGUUUUUAACCUGAUGGCUGAAAUCUGCCCCAUCGAUGGUCUCAUAUUAUUUCAUCUGCAUAUCGCAAAUCUGCCUCGUGCCGCAUGUAUAUGCAGGGUACAUGCUAUAGUUAUGUAGGUGUAUGAUGUGGAGCUUUUUUUGGUUGUUGUGUUGUAGCAUAUUACGUAACACAAGCAGCAGCCAUUACUGAAGCAGCAACACUUUUUGCACCUACAACUUUUUCCCUUUUGUCACUGAGCCUCUGCCUUUUGACUAACAAUGUGCAGCCUCAGUGAGUGACAAAAGGUGUGACAUUAACAGUGUAUUGUACCUGACAUGUGAAGGAAGCAUUGCGAGAGGUUUUCACUGACUGACUGUGAGGUUUGAAACACUAACAGCUCUCCUGAACGUGCCAGAGUUCAAAAACUUUCUCUAUGAUGUUUUUGUGUGAAUAGAUAAUGAUUAUUUUACAUUGUAUAUAAUAUGGACCUAUACAUUUUUCAGUGCCAAAUGUCACAUUGAUCCUGCAGCAUAGAUGUACUGUACUGCUCUUGGUUUGUUUAGGAGUCUUUUUUUUUUUAAUUACAUAAUUUUUGAUUUCCUUGAAUGAGCCCUGGAAUGAAGUCUGGUCCUUGAUCAUGUAAAGCAGAUCUGACUCCUCGCAGAGAUGCUUUUUGACAUUAUGAUGACUGAUUUCAGGGUGUGCACGUGCUUGUGUUUGUAUGUGUGUGUGUGUGUGUGUGUGUGUGUGUGUAUGUGAUGCUAUCCCACUCAUCUUUGGUUGCUAUGGAAACACAGCCCCAUCAUAGUCCCCCCCACUUUCUUUUUUAAUCCUUGAGUUGUAUAUGUUAACAGAUAGUCAAAGCACUGCACCACAGAGCUUUAAGAAAUAGCUUUAUUCAACAGAACCAUGUUCAUGAGGAGAUUUCAUCACUGAUGAUUUGUUCUUACUGACUGAAAAGAUCACUUCAUUCAGAAGUGGUCUUGUGUAAAUUGUCUGAAAACCAACACAGGGUGUGGACAGAAUAAUGGAAGCACAAGGGCACAGACUUCCUCCAUUAUAGUAAGACUGCCUGGUGGGAUUUUUACAGCUUUGGUUCAUCCAUUGAUUAUUUAUCACUUUAACUUUGGUUCUCAUAAUUUUGGCCCUCCAACUACAUGUUGGCAGGGAAAAUGAUCUUUUCUGAAUCCAACCUGGCAACAAAUUCCUGUUGACACAGCCGUGACAUGUGAAAAGCAUCUGUUUGUUAUUCAAAUCCCUGAGUAACCAGCUCGUCUUGUUAAUACAGCUAUGACUCUGGCUCACUCUCUGAAUCAUUCAGAAACGAUAUAUGAUCUAUGAUGAUGCAUACAGAUUAAGACUCAGAGUCAUGAGCAGUCUUUAUGUUUGGCAGACCUUAUUAGUGUUUGUAUUAUUUUGUCCUUGCCCUGUAUCUGUUCAUGCGGUCACGUCAGUGGUACAUUUCUGUUGAGUAGGAGGAACCAUGCGAGGGUGAGAUUCCUAAAUGUUAUGUAGUGCUGCAUGUCUCGCAUUGUUUAGAUAGUUAUGAAGCAUGGGGGGUAACGUGCAAUACAGUAGAAAUGUUGUUGCUACAAGUGUUUGUCAUCAUCAUCGUUUCAACACUAAGCCUUUCAGAGCACAGACCAUAAUGAUUCAGUUACAUAAGGGGAAACCUGAAUUUCACAAACUGUCUUAGUGCCAAAAGCAUCUUUAGUUCAUUACAAGAGGAAAUUAAAAGGUGAUCUCUAUGUGAAGACUCAUGUUGAACAUAUUUUGUGUGUUUGUAUGUGUUACAAAUAGCUUAGUCAUUGCCUUUGCAUUAAAAACUCUUUCAAAGACAGACUGUAACCCACUGUUGUCACCAACACUUUGUGCAGAUGCUGUGAUACUGAAUGUGGAGCCAGUUAUAGUCAACCAAAUUGAUGAAUUCAAAUUAAAAGAUUAUUUGAGCCAUGUAAGUAUUUGGUAUUAUGGGGAUGUAAAAUCUAAACAAAUUGUAAAGAAGUCUGUUUAUUGUGCAGGAUGUGCUGCUUGAUGUUACACAUGUGAGUCUUGAGAUUGUUCCUUUCCAAUAACAGUUAAUAUUACAUAAGCAAUAUAAAGAAGAUAAAAAUAAUAUUCAAUUCUGAGAGUGGAUUUCUCCUUUAAAGCAAAACUCAAUACCUACUUGCUUAACAGUAGUGGAUGGAAACAUGCAUUCUCUGCACAUUCUCUGGAAGUUUGUUCAAAAUUUACAAUAAAUUCUGAUCGAAAAAGCUUUUAGAAACAGUUAUGAAAUAACGCUAAACUACAGUUUUAUUGUUUGGCAUUUUUAAUGUAACUGUCCAUUAUAACGCUAUAUUUACCUAAAGUUUGCUAACAUUAGCUACUGGUAUAUACCAGACAGAGUAAAGCUGUAACAGCAAAAACUCCUGAGUGUACUGAAUUCAGCAACAAUGCGUUUUAUUUCUUGUGAGCUCAGCUUUGUACGAGGAAAACCGUUAUUUCUUCUCUACAAAGUUAUAGUCGCAUUUUAAAGAUGCUUUUUGUGAAACCAAGUCAGUGAUUCUUUGACUGCGAGAGCCGAUAAAUCAGAGCUGUGGUGUGUUCAUAUUCAGUGUCAUAGAAAGGCCUUGUGGUAGUCAUUUUUACUAUUAACCUGUACACGACACACACAUGCACAGACACAUCUCUGCUCACUGUGUCCAGACAGCAGGGUAAUCGUGCUAUAUUAGUUAUUUAUUGUAAUAUAUUGUUUAUUUAUGUAUUUCAGAGGUGACAAAAUGCCUCAGUUUAUGUGCCAGAGUUUCAACGGUGAGGAAGUGCACACGUGAGAAGGAAAGAUGUUUGUGGUUUGAAGCUGCAAUGCUGGAAUGUAAAAGUACUUGUUAUGUUUUGUGGCCACUUGAGGGCAGCAGAUGAGCAAGUCGGUGUGUUGAUGCUCAUCUCUUUCCUCUGGUGUCAGACGCUUAUAUGGAGAGGAAGCCAACAGGCGGCUGUAUUUAGUGUUUUAUCGGCCAUUGUCAUGACUGUGUAAAGUUGUGGUUUUUUAAAGAAAUGUUUAAAUUCUGUUUGCAUGUUAAAUCAGAAAAAAGAAAAAGUUCACAAUGCAAGAGAGGAAACAGUGAAGGCUUUGUACUAUUGUAAUAUUGUUGAUGUGUAAAUAUAUGCCUAUGUUGGUAUGUUGUUAUUUAUCUGUUGUAAAUGCAAAAAAAAAAAAAAAAAGUCAACCACAAAGCAAUACGUCUCCCCUCGUGUCCCCUCAACCUUCGAACAGCUGAAGCCACAUGUCUUUUCUAAAGCUGCGUUUUACUAUGUCAAAAUUUUACUGAAAACAAAUAAAUUAUAGGUUUUAUGUGACA